GAAAGGGCCGAGACUGACGGAAACCAGGCGCAGCGUAAUAUUAUCACGCGUGUGAUAAUUUCUCCACAUAUUCGACCUUGUCCACCGGUAAACAAAUGUCUCGAGUCUAAGAAAGUUUCAGCAAACAAAGAUUUAACCAGGAUGUAGACUGUCUAGCUGUCAAGUCCAACUCAAGAAAUUUGUUUAACUGUAGCAGUUUUCACCAAAAAAUUGGAAGUCAUGCGGCUCAUUCAAGUUAGAUCUGUUGCCAGUUUACUGAGACAGUGCAGGAGAAUCGAUUUUCAAUGUGCCUUUUGCCACCAGAACGUGCGGAGAGCAAGUGGCGAAUCGUUCUAUGAUGUAUUGGGUGUUUCUAAAAAUGCAACAGAUAAAGAAAUAAGGAUGGCUUUUCUUGAACUUAAUAAAAAGGUGAAUCCUGAUUCAGCCAACAAAUCUGUGCAGGAAAAAGUUGGGAGAGUCAAAGAUGCCUAUAAGGUACUCUGUAAUUCAACAACCAGAAAUAUAUAUGAUGAUAAAUUGAAACAAGGGUUAUUCAUGGGAGCUGAAGUGGUACCUACUGCAAUGAAUUGGGAUCCAAACCAGCCGAAGUAUUAUUACCUCCCAAAGUUUUAUACAGACCCUAUAUUAAGGAAGGAAGCAGAAAAUGCAUGGAAUAAAGUUAGGGAUGGAGUUGGUGAUGGUAUGUCGGACGAGGAGAAAUAUGACUCUGAAGUUUUAUUGCCAAUGUUUCGUCGGAAUUUUAAAUUUGCUUUAAUUAUGACAUUUUUCAUUAGUAUGAUGACUCUUUGGUAUGCAAUCACCACUUUACAAUUGUUUCGUGAUGUAGAACGGAGGGAGGCUAAGAGAGUAUAGUAUGUGAGCUCUGAUAGAUGAUCCAAAGUGUGCAGGAAAACAAGCAGUCUGGAAAUAUUUGUGCAUCGUGAGGAAAAAUUCAUGCUGUGUAAACUCUUAAUAGUUUUGAGUGUUCAAAUUUACAAUCACUCUAUAAUUUAUUCAAGACAAUGAAAGUGACUUGCGUGUAGAGAUUGAAUUAAUAAGUGGAAUUGAAUUUGUGAUACCUGUGCUAGCCUUAACUAAAAUGUCACAGUUUCAGUUGAUGUUGAUUUAUGAAAAGAAUUGUGUUGAAGUUGUAAAUAAAUAAAUUAUGUGGUUAAAGAA